AUGGCUACAUCAACACCAUCUCUCCCCCUCCCCACCUCCCCCACAAGUCUAAAUGUCAUCGCCUUGAUCUCGGGAGGGAAAGACUCCCUAUACUCUAUUCUCCACUGCAUCCGGAACGGACAUAAGGUGGUUGCCUUGGGGAAUUUGUAUCCGCCUACUACCACCACCACCCCUCAUGAGGAGGGAAAACCACAAGAUGAAGAGGAACAGGAUGAAGAAGAAGACAUCGACAGCUUCAUGUACCAAACGAUCGGCCACAGCAUCAUUCCGCACUACGAGUCCGCCUUAGGGAUCCCGCUGUAUCGGCAGCCGAUUACAGGGUCCGCGGUGGAUACGGGGAGAGUUUAUCGUGAUUCUUCUUCUUCGGCAUCAUCCGGAGGGGAAGGGAAAGAGGGAGAAGGAGGGACAGACGAAACCGAAUCUCUCAUCCCGCUUCUUCAACGCAUCAAGGCCGCCCACCCAGAAGCUAAUGCCAUCUCCGCCGGCGCUAUUCUCUCCACGUAUCAACGUACACGGAUUGAGAACGUCGCAGCGCGAAUGGGUCUCGUGCCGCUCGCUUGGCUGUGGCAGUAUCCGGUGUUGCCUGCGCCGGAGGAGAGGUUUGGUCUUGGUAGUGGAGAGGCCGGGCUGUUGGAGGAUAUGGCUGCUGUUGGGUGCGAAGCGAGGAUCAUCAAAGUUGCGUCUGGGGGUUUGGAUGCGGGGUUUCUGUGGGGGGAUGUGUCGGGGAGGAAUGCGAUGGUUAGGAGGAGGAUUGUGAAUGGGAUGAAGAGGUUUGUGUUGGAUGGUGGGGAUGUGAGGGGGGCCGUGUUGGGCGAGGGUGGAGAGUAUGAGAGUUUGGCGUUGGAUGGGCCUUCUUUCCUUUGGAAGAGGAGGAUUGAGGUUCCUAGGUGGGAGGAAGGAGCUGGGGAGGGGGGUGUUGCGUUUGUGAGGGUUAGGGGGGCGAGGUGUGUGGAUAAGGAUGCGGAGGGGGAUGGGGUGGUGCCGGGGGAUGUGAGGAGGCCGGUGUUGUUGGAUGAGGGGUUUAAGGGGGUGUUGGAGGAGGUAUUGGGGGGUGAGGAGGUGAUGGGGAAGAGGGAGGAGUCGUCGGUGGUGUCGUCUCAAAGGCAGAUGGAGAUGUCGCAGAGUACGAAUGGUGGCACGUGGGUGGUUGCUAACAUCACGGCCCCCGAGGCUGGUCCCGGGGCUGCGGAGCAGAUGGAGGCGAUUGCGCAGAAGAUCGAGGCGAUACUGGCUUCUACGCGGCAUGAGGAUGGAAGUGCGCCUCGUACUACGGCUGAUAUUGUCUUUACGACGGUGCUGCUACGCUCCAUGGCGGACUUUGCCUUGAUGAAUGGCAUCUACGUUUCCUUGUUCAAGAAGCCGAAUCCUCCGGCCAGAGCUACGGUGGCUUGCGGAGAGAGUCUACCGGAGGGCGUGAAGGUCAUGGUAUCGGCGGUGGUGGACUUGGGUCCUAGGGAGCAAAGGCAGGGCCUUCAUGUCCAGUCUCGUUCUUACUGGGCGCCGGCUAACAUCGGCCCAUAUUCGCAAGCCAUGUCGGUUCCGGUACAGGGUUCGGAGCACAUGGUUUACAUUGCCGGACAGAUUCCGCUGGAGCCGGCUUCGAUGGAGAUGAUGAGUGCCUCUGGGGAAGCCCUGACGCGGCCGUGGAUCGAGAACUAUACCACGCGAGCGGUGCUCUCCUUGCAGCAUCUCUGGAGGAUUGGUCACGCCAUGGAAGUUGACUGGUGGCUGGGGGCCGUUGCUUUCUUAACGGGAGGAGAGCAUAUUGAGACGCAGGCCCGGCUAGCAUGGAACAUCUGGGAGCGGAUGCAUGCUCGUCAGGAACAAGAAGACGACGAAGACGGAGAAUCAGGCCUGGAUGUUUGGGAUAUCAAGUAUGGAGGCCGUGCGCACGAGCAAGCAACGGGUCCAUCAACACCUAACUUGCCUAACUUUGGGGUGGUCCAGUCAGACGCCUUAGUUCCUGCGUUUUUCGCGGUCCAGAUUGAAGAGCUCCCACGAGGAAGUGAUAUCGAAUGGCAGGGUCUGGGGUACAGAUGUGGUGGAUUGCGGAUGGCUGCAGAAGAAACGGACUAUGGCCGCAAGACCACAGUGUCCACGGAGCAGAACCUCAGUUACAUCGGCAUUGAGAUCGACAUGGGACAACUGGGGUCUGAUCUGGACUCGUAUCUGCAGGACAAGCUGCAGAAGCUGCCAGAGUUGGUAGAAGGUUCCCACGCGAUCAUCUAUACCAGUCAGCCAUUGUCCAAGCCUGCAUUCCCAGCGCAAAUUGUUCCCUGCAAAUCUGUCUGGGGGCCGAAAGGACGAGAAUUGGCAGCAGGUGUCAUUAUACAAAGACACGCCCCGGCAUUAUAG